GCAGAUGUUCGAAAACAUUAUAUUUUCUAUUUAUUGCAGAUACACACCCGGCGUUGGUGCUCACAAGUUACAUACUGAAUCGGCUAGCUGGAAUAAUGCCCGGCAGAAUUGCCACGACGAAAGUGCAUCCCUGGUAAUACUCAACUCCAUAGCCGAGGCGCAACUUGUCGGUCAGCUCAUUAAUCAAGCGGGCAAAGAUAACGGUUGGGUCGGUGCCCAUGACUUCUUCCACGAAGGCCAGUUUGUAACUAUCCAAGACGAAUCGUUGAUCGAAGCUGGAUAUGAGGGAUGGCAACCAGGGGAACCGAACAAUGCAUCGCCGGGAGAAGAUUGCGUCAGUGUUCACACCACCGGCAGGAUGAACGAUGAAAGAUGCGACAAUAAAUUGGUCUACGUUUGCGAGUUACCUCGCUUUCGGUCGAGUGUAGAAAUGAACUGGGUUCAAGAAAGUCCUUCAGAAACUCAGGACCCUGCAGGCGCCGCAGUAAAUCAUACAUUUCAUCAAUCUGCAGCUAGUAUUCAUAACAUUUUUAAUUUCGUUUUACCUAAUGGAUACAACCCUUGAUGUGAAGAGUUGUUACAAAUAAAAUAAUUUUCGUAAUAUUAUAUCAAGUUUUUAUACGGUAUGCAACUCUGUAAAGUACAUUACAUCAAUGAAUAAGUAUGUAUGAAUUGGUGAAAGUUUACGAG